AUGGGUUCGGCGGCAACAAUGGCGAUGACGGCACUCUAUUUCACCAAAUCAACCAAACUCACUUCUUCCUUCCGCACUCUCCCUCGCCUCACCUGCUCUUCCCUCCCCUCUUCUCCUCUCAAAUCCAACAUCUCCUUCUCUCCCUCCAACCCUAAACCUAAACCCGACCCUAAACUCGAUAACCGGAACCAUUUCCCCGACAACGGUGACACCAUCCCGUGGAAUGUUCGAGGCGAAGAUGGAAACUUCAAACUCUCGUUCAAAUCUCCUCCAACCUUUCUCAAAGCCAUGACCAAUGCCUCAACAGGUACCAAAAAAUCAGAGAAGAACCAAACUGUGAAAGCCAAGAAGAAAAAUGAAAAGGAAACUAAGGUCCGUGAGGUGGCGCCGCCGCAGUAUUCCAAAGCGGCAAGGAGAUUCUACAAUGAAAAAUUCAAGGACUCCGGUACGCGUCUCAGCAAGGUUCUCGCUGCUUCUGGAGUUGCGUCCAGGAGAAGCUGUGAAGAGCUUAUUUUUGAAGGCAAGGUUACAGUUAACGGUUCUGUCUGUAAUACACCUCAGAAAAUUAAGCCAACAGUGCUUAUCGGAACAUCGGGCCAAGGAAAAACUUUUACCAAAGAGGUGGUUGAGGCAAUGGCUUCUCUUAACGAGAAACCGAUUAUUCUGGCUCUUUCCAACCCAACAUCACAAUCAGAAUGUACAGCAGAAGAAGCUUACUUGUGGAGCAGGGGGCGCGCGAUUUUUGCAAGUGGGAGCCCAUUUCCGCCAGUCGAAUAUAAGGGCAAAGUGUUCGUGCCUGGCCAGUCGAAUAAUGCAUACAUAUUCCCUGGGUUUGGCCUAGGUUUAAUAAUGUCUGGUACCAUUCGCGUGCACGACGAUCUUCUUCUGGCUGCAUCUGAGGCAUUGGCUGAACAAGUAACAGAAGAAAACUUUGAGAAGGGUCUGAUAUUUCCACCAUUCACAAACAUCAGAAAGAUUUCAGCUCACAUUGCUUCCAAAGUUGCUGCUAAGGCUUAUGAGCUUGGUUUGGCGACUCGUCUUCCCCAGCCGAAAGAUUUGGAGAAGUUUGCUGAGAGUUUUUAUCUUAUGAACAUGACAACAAAUGUUCGUAUUUGGAAAGCCUUGAACUCACAAUCAGACGGUGACCACCUUGGCCUUAUUAAAAAAGUGUUGCGGCCUUGUCAUGAUGGUGGAGAAAACUGCAAAUUUUGUAGUCAAUAUUCUUACACUAAAGAAGACAUAAUUCGUUCUCAAAAUUUGAAUGAUUCACAGGAAGAAGCUGUUUCAAGCUGUGUUGGAAUGACUCAGGUAAAGUUUCUAGUAAUUGACGAAGCGGCCCAAUUGAAAGAGUGUGAAUCCACAAUCCCCUUACAGCUACCUGGUCUUCAGCAUUGCAUUCUUAUAGGUGAUGAGAAGCAUAUGCCAGCACUGGUGAAAAGCAAGAUUGCUGAUAGUUGUGGAUUUGGAAGAAGUAUGUUUGAGAGACUGGGUAAGGAGAAAUCUGGCCGCGGACACAACUUGAUGAACAUGGUUGAGGUUGCUGUCAUUUCUGAGAUGAUUAAAAACCUCAAAAAAGAGUUUAAGAGGACACAAGAGAAAGUUAGCAUUGGAGUUAUCUCUCCAUAUAAUGCUCAAGUCUAUGCAAUCCAGGACAAAAUUAAGGAGUACACUUCUGUUUCUGAUACUGAUUUCUCUGUGAGUGUUCGUUCUAUUGACGGUUUUCAAGGUGGAGAGGAAGAUAUUAUAAUAAUGUAUACUGUUAGAUCAAAUGAGAGUGGAAAAGUCGGUUUUCUUUCAAAUCGACAAAGAACCAAUGUGGCCAUGAAUAGAGCAAGAUCUUCACAAGUCAAAGGAAAUGGAUGCAACCAAGUUAAUCAAUGGUGA